GCCGCGCGAGGGGGGUGCGGCGGCCGCAGCGGCGGGGGCGGGGCCAGCCUCACCCGGAAUGAAAAUAAACGGCGGCCGCUGCCGCAUCCGGGCACUCGGCGGGUCGCGGCGGGCGAGGUGGUGGCGCAGAAUGGCGCAAAAGAAGUAUCUCCAAGCAAAAUUGACCCAGUUCUUAAGGGAAGACAGAAUUCAACUUUGGAAACCUCCAUAUACAGAUGAAAAUAAAGAAGGUGGUUUGGCAUUGAAGGACCUUGCUAAGAAGUACUCUGACAGGCUAGAAUGUUGUGAAAACGAAGUAGAAAAGAUAAUAGAAGAAAUACGUUGCAAAGCAAUCGAGCGUGGCACAGGAAAUGAAAAUUAUAAAACAACAGGAAUUGCUACGAUUGAGGUCUUUUUACCUCCACGGCUAAGAAAAGAUAGGAAAAACCUGUUGGAGACCCGACUGCACAUCACUGGCAGAGAACUGAGGUCAAAAAUUGCUGAAACCUUUGGAUUUCAAGAAAAUUAUAUCAAAAUUGUCAUAAACAAGAAACAGCUUCAACUAGGGAAAACCCUUGAAGAACAAGGAGUGACGCACAAUGUGAAAGCUAUGGUGCUUGAACUAAAACAGUCUGAAGAGGAUGUGAGGAAACGCUUCCAGGUUGCAGAAGAAGAGCAAAAUGAGGCCGAACUAAAAGAAAAAAGAAUUCAGAGGACCAGGAGAGGCCUGGAGAUACUGGCGGAGAGAGCUGAGAUGGUGGUGGAUCCAGAAACCACACCAUAUUUAGACAUAGCUAACCAGACAGGCAGAUCGAUCAGAAUUCCUCCUUCAGAAAGAAAGGCCCUUAUGUUAGCUAUGGGAUAUCAUGAGAAGGGCAGAGCUUUCCUGAAAAGAAAAGAAUAUGGAAUAGCCUUGCCAUGUCUGUUGGAUGCUGACAAAUAUUUCUGUGAGUGUUGCAGGGAGCUGCUGGGUACGGUAGAUAACUAUGCGGUGCUCCAGCUGGAUAUAGUGUGGUGUUACUUCCGCUUGGAACAACUGGAAUGCCUUGACGAUGCAGAAAAAAAAUUAAACUUGGCUCAGAAAUGCUUUAAGAAUUGUUACGGAGAAAACCACCAGAGACUGGUCCACAUAAAAGGGAACUGUGGGAAAGAGAAGGUAUUGUUUUUAAGACUUUACUUGCUUCAAGGUAUCCGAAAUUAUCACAGUGGAAAUGGCGAAGAGGCUCGUGACUAUCUCAACAAGGCACUUCAACUCUUUAAAGAGCUAUAUAUUGAUCCAUCAAAAGUUCACAAUCUGUUGCAGUUGGGGUUUACUGCCCAGGAGGCCCGGCUUGGCCUGAGGGCAUGUGACGGGAACGUGGACCACGCGGCGGCCCACAUUACCAACCGCAGAGAGGAAUUGGCCCAAAUAAGGAAAGAGGAAAAAGAGAAGAAAAGACGUCGGCUGGAGAACAUCAAUUCUUUGAAAGGAAUGGGUUACUCUGCUCACGCAGCCAAGCAGGCCCUGCAUCAGGCCAGUGGGAACCUGGAUGAAGCCCUGAAGAUUCUUCUUAGUAAUCCUCAGAUGUGGUGGUUAAACGAUUCAGAUCCUGAAACCAACAACCAUCAAGAAGGUCCUUCCCAGGAAAACAUUGACCAGCUGGUGUACAUGGGCUUCGAUGCAGUGGCAGCCGGCGCUGCCCUGAGAGUGUUCAGGGGAAAUGUGCAGCUGGCCGCUCAGACCCUGGCCCACAACGGGGGGAGUCUUCCUCCUGACCUACAGCUCGCGGCGGAAGACGCUUCCUCAACACCGUCCACAUCCCCUUCCGAUUCCGCAGGUACCUCUAGUGCCUCAACAGAUGAAGAUAUGGAGACAGAAGCCGUCAAUGAAAUACUGGAAGAUAUUCCAGAACAUGAAGAAGACUAUCUUGACUCCACUCUGGAAGAUGAAGAAAUUAUUAUUGCAGAGUACUUAUCCUAUGUAGAAAAUAUAAAGUCAGCAACAAAGAAAAACUGAAUAAUGAGCAGAAAUAAGUACCGAGUUUCUGCUUAUAAAUUCUAUCAUUAUGAAAAGUCGAAUGCAGGUCUUUUUUUUUUCCCUCUUUUUAUCUGAUUUUGCUGCAAGAGUGCUUCCUCCUUGGGUGUAGGAGGGGUGGGCAGGGAGCAGGGGCUCCUGUGAGGGGGAGAGGAGGCUGGGGGAGGGGUGGGGUGCCAGUCCCCAGUGCUGGCCUCGGGGAAGGAGCUGCCUCUGGCCUGGUCCUCUCCCUGGCAGCCUUCACAUGCUGCAGCCCUAACAGGUCUUCCCCGCUUGGUUUCUUUUCACCCGGAAAUGGGAAGGGCAGUUACUUCUGGAGAAUAGGGUGGCCCCUGGGGAAGGUCUCCAGGAAGAGCUAAUGGGGAGGGGAAGCAUCCAGAUCCAUCUCCUCCUCAUUUUGCGCGGCUCUCCUGCCCUUCUGAGUUCACUGCCGAGCUCUUCUUGCCUCCCGUGAUGCAGCUCUGCCUUCCUGCUUCGGCCUCACUGGCCCAUCCCCUAAAAUGUCCUUUAAAUCUGCAACCAUUCCUAGCGCUUUGGGGGCCUAAAGAUGAGGCAUCAGCUACAGUAGCCGUACCAAAUUGUGGCCGGCUGGAAAUCAGUGUUCUGUACUCUUAGUUUAGUAAAAUGUGUAUUUGAAAUUCAAGGUUGAAGUUGAGAAUUUAUAGCUGUUCAAAAUUCUUUACAAAAAUAGUCUUUUAUUAAAUGGGAAAGUCUUAAAUGCUAACCAAAGCAAUUAAUUUUUAAUUAGCAUUUUCAGACGCUGUGCUGUCAUAUUAAACUCACUGCUCGCUGAGGUAUCUAUCAGAGAGUAAGAUCUAUUUUCUCCAGAUUUGUGGGUUUUUUUUGUCAUACCUGUGUCACAGAAGACUAUUUCUAAAGGUAUGUAGUUAGCCUCUUAGUGGCCCAGAUAAGCACUCUCAGUGUGCGGUACGUUCCUCUGGAGAUGUGUGUUCAGGGAAAGCUGGGUCCAGCCCCAGGACGUGGCAGGCAGCAGCAGGGUGCUGAAUCAAGUGUGUGUUCCUGACCCUCUUCCUGCCCUUCCAGAAGUCACUGGAAGCUCCUGCGACGGAGGGCACAUGGUCACAUUGCUGCCGUCAAGGGGCUGAAAUGCUUUGACUUUUUCACUAAUCAUUUUCGUAAAGCUUGAACGGCAGUCCGGUUUGAAUGGGUGGGAAUCUUUUCUGUCAUUUUUAAAAUGGAUGAUACAAAUGGAAAUAAAAGGCGGAAAAUAUAUU